AUGGCUGAAACAAUGCAGCUUCGGCCCUUCAGCGAGACCAGGUUUGACCACCGCGUCAUCGAUGGCUUCCCUCCCAGUAAUCCGACGGUGGACCUAUCGGUCAGCUGGGACCCGUCCGGGAAGAAUCUUCUCAUAUAUCGGCCCAAGGACCAGGUCGUCUCCAAGAUACACCAGUUCGCAAAGCCCGGCGAGACAGCACCAGAGCCCCAGGCAGUGAGAUGGAAGCCUGAUGGUCAAUUUUUGGCGGUAGGCUGGAGUGACGGUUAUGUGAGACUAAUGGGUCUUGAGAACAACAAAGCUGCCCACCACAUUCGCGUUGGCGGUGAUUCGGACUCUGCUACUACGAUCACUCACAUCGGCUGGUCACGCAACGUUGUCGGAAAGCAACGAGCUCAACGCCAACUAGCCGACGCGCAACCAUGGAAGAAACUCAUGUCUGAGGAGCUGAACCUGCCGGGGAAGCAAGACCCGUCAGACCUGCCUCGAGAACUAACCUUUCUGGAAGUCGAUUUGGCUCUACCCAAGAUCAGUCCUCUUCCCACAUCUAGCGCUGGAUCUGGGGAGGACAGCCUCGUUUUCACGCUACGGACGGGUGUCGAGUUUUUGUUCCAGCCCUUCAACGUCGACGACAGCGAUCAGGUUUUCGUGAUGGUCGUUGGAACCAGUGAUGGCCGUCUUCACCUUAGCAUAUACGACUCGUUUAUCAUCGGCGACUUCCGGUAUACUCUUCCGAGUUCCAUGUACAAGCCGGGCGUGCUGCAGCUCAUCCAGCACGCCUCUCAUCCAGAGAUCUCUACACACUCGCUUAUCCUAAAGUCUUCUGUAGAUGGCGAUCCGGCAGUCUAUCUGGUCCCAAUGGACUUGCCAUUCGUUCCUUCGUCUCCCAUCAACAUCUCUCUCUUGGCGUCCAAACUAACAACACUGCAAAAGCUGCUGCGGUACGUAAAGCAAGCGCAGCUACACAUGCAGGUUGAGUACAAGAAUACGCGAGAGCUCCCCACGAGGUUCCUGCGCAGUGUUGAGGGUGAUUUAGAGCAGGCCACGCAUGGGCCGACGAACAUCGUCCAGGCACUGUUCCAUACAGUUGUCACCGGUCAUGCGUACGAGCCUGUUCGAGAAUGGCUCGUCGACAGUCUUGCCGAGCGCGGCCAUAAACGAUGGGACAAAGCCGUAACCUCUGGGCUAGAAAACCUCCGGUGUCUUCUGCACGAGAAUCUCCUGCCCGUACUUGAGAGAUGUGCCAUCAUACUCAGCCGCCUUCGAGGACUGGCCCAGUUCUAUGAUACCCGCGAUGACAUUGGCUUUUCAGUCGCCCAAAUCAACCGGGCCAUGGAUAUUGUAUCCUGUCUCAACAUGGUCGGCCACAAGAUCCUCCUCAACGUCAUGGAUGAGCUUGAUCUCUUCAAUGCCUUCUCUUCGUGGAUGCGCUUCCAGAUUGACCGUCUCGCCGCGUCGAGCUCUUUCAGCGACGACCUGACAGAGAAGGAAGCAACCAUGGAAAACAGCAAAGUUCUCGCAUACAUACAACGUUACUUGAUGGAAAGCCCCAUGGCUGUCUUUCUCGACGAAGUGACCAAAGAGGACUACGCGAGCAACUGGGAACGUGCCGAAAGCGGAGCUUCAAUGCUUGAUGAACUUACUACGCAACUUGCUCGUCAGGAAGAGGGUCAUGCAUACCUCAAAGCCUUUCCGAAUGUCAGCUUCCUCGUCGACUGUCUGACCUCGCGUUCCAAUGGAAUAUUCGGCGAUAUUGCCGAGGCACAGAAAAGGAGCGUUCGCUUCGGACAACCAACCAAGGUCGUGCUGGGCAGCAAGGUCGCCAAGUUGGACUCUGUGAUGUACCCAACGAAGACAGAGGAUGGCGUCGAUGGACUAUCCUUCCUGGCUACUAUGGCAGAGGGUCGGGAUCAAGAGUUUUACAUCUUCCGCACAUCUAUCCGAAUCAUCAACGGCAUCAGCAGCAACGUCGACACGACCGUUUCAGCAGUCUCAAUAGAAGAGGGCAAGAUCGUCGACCUCAAGUUCCUGAACGGCAACACCCUUAUUCUGCUUGUCAGCAAACAAGGCAAUCAAUCCAGCAUCAUCACCAUCCCCAUGCAAUCACAGGCUCUCAGCUACACACACUAUGAGGAGAGUAACCUCCCCAGUCCUACGCAGCUUUCUAGCCUCAUGGGACAAUGUACCGCAACAGCUCUUCCUGAGGACUCAUCGUUCGCGCCGGUGCAAAUGGAUGUCCAAGACGUCACGUCAGCGCGGGGCGAAAUGCCUAUCCGCAUUUGCCUCCUCGGUUCAAACCGCUCUACGUACAAGGUCUUUGCACUUGAACUCAAGUCUAGUCCUGGUGUGGUCCAGACGGAGGCCCCCCAGCCGGUGACUCCGCGACGAGGUGGUUAG